UUCAGAUUCAGCCAGUCUCUUUUCACCUAGCUCUAUAAAAGAUCUCUUUGUGCUGAAAAUUGGUAUUUGGGUGUGAUCUGUGUCCAGAAGGGAGCACCCCACAGUACAGGGGUCCUGAGAGAGAGAGAGAGAGGGAGAGAGAGAGAGAGAGAGAGAGAGAGAGAGACAGACAGACAGACAGACAGACAGACAGACAGAAACAUACUUCCUCCAACAAAGCCACACAUCCUAAUAGUGUGACUCCCUAUGGACCAUCUUAAAACAGCAGAAGAGCUCUUUGGUGGCAGCAGCUCACUGUCAGGAAGGAAACCCAGGUUAUUGCCCAUGUGAGUAGGAGCUUCACUAAGGUACUUGCACCUUGAACUCCUGCCCAGUAACUCAGCUGAUGGAGGAGAAGGAGACCUCCAUGCCAGUCCAGUUCAGCACCAUGGGCUCAUCAUGGGUGGCAGGGUGGCAGGCUGACUUCAUGGCAAAUUUGCUGUUGGUGCUUCUGCGGUGCGUGCCCAUGGCAGGUAGGUUGCAAGUGGAGAUGGCAGGGACGACACAGAUGGUAUUCCUACAUGACAAUGUCACCAUAGCCUGCAAAAUCCCUGGUUCCCCACAACUUGACAUCAAGACUGUGGGAAUCAUCUGGUUUGGGAAGAAUGAGUUGGAUGACUCUGAGGUCAAGGUGUUUGAGUUUUAUGGAAAUCAUCUAGAGUCAUUCCGACCUGGAGCCAUGGUGUCACUGUCGGGGCUGGAGUCAGGAGAUGCCUCACUCCAUCUGCCUGAGGUCCAGCUGGGGGAAGCAGGAGAAUACCGAUGCAUGCUGGUGGUCACCCCUGAAAAGGCAGAGGGAAAGACCAUUCUAGAAGUUGUGGCUUACCCAACUAUUAGAUUAUUUGUGAAACCAGCUACAGUGAGAAAUGAUGAAGAGGAACAUAUUAUAUGUGAGCUAGAUGGAUUCUACCCAGAAGCCUUUAGCAUAAAGUGGGGGAAGUACACCCUGAAGGAUUCCCAGUUCCAAGAAAUUACUGAGGGCAAUAUCACUCAUCCAACGGUCAAGAAUGAUGAUGGCACAUUCAACGUUACCAGUUGCUUGACUCUGAAGCCAUCUCUGGAAGAUCAUGGGACUACCUACCAGUGUGUGGUGUUGCACAGAUCCUUGCUUGUCCCCCGGAGGCUCAAUGUCACACUGUCUGAGAAAGAAGCCAAGGAUGUGAACUUUGCCUUUUUGGCCUUCUCUGUUCUAUUGAUUCCUGCAGCUUAUGUUCUUCGGAGAUGGUAAGAACCUACAAGACCUGUGUCUUGAACUUGGCUCCACAUGUUCAUGAUUUUAGUCACCAGAAAGUGUCAGGGAGUUCUGGGGAUGGGUGCUGGGGUGUUCUGUGUUGUUUUCUGAGGUUGUUUGAGGAAAGAGUUUCUCAUCUGGUCUCUUAUUUGUGACUCUGGGGAGAAGGAUGUGGAGCCUCCCUCUGUCUGACCACAAGAUACCACUUUUACUAACUGAUUUUCACUGUGAAUUGCUCCUCAUGUUAUUAGUUGAGACCAGGGCUGUGAACUACAUGUAGACUGUAGUGUUCAGUCACACACAAAAUUCUCAGUGGAGAGAGUCAGUACCUUAAUUGCUCAUAUUUUGUUAACACCUCAGUGGGCUAACUGACCACAAGUUUUCAGUGUUGACCAAGGAUUUCUAACUCCCUGCUAGAUGUUUCCAAACUAAAUCUUGCACUAAUCACCCAAACAAAGGGGACAGUGCAACUGCUUUAGAAACUCCAGAGAGCAGUGUAAAUGUAUUGGUUAGAAUGUUCUAGGUAGUUAAAAGGUUCUUAGUUAUUUAUGGGCCUGCCAAGGCAAAAUCUGUGCAAGGCUAAUGCUUCUCAUUGUACUGCAUUAGGAGAACUGGUGUAGUCAGUCAAGAAAACAAGGACUGGGUUUAUUUCAAGGAUGUGCUGACCUCAGAAUGGAAACCUGGAUAUGUUCUACGUUGGGGAAGGGGUUUUGCCUUUGUUUCUGCAGGAGAAGAGAAGCUAUGGAUACCAACAAAAUUAAUAAAAAUUCGAUUUGAACAGGAAAAACCCCUUGAUGAGGUGAAGUAAAAGAUCAUCCACCAAUGUGACAUCUCUACAAGUUGUAAGAAAAAUUUAACAAUCAAGGUUGGGGUAGGGUUCUGUUUUUGUCUUUCCAGGAUAAUGGAAAUACCCAUCUUCCAAAAAUCAUAAGGCCUUGGAUAUCCGGAUGUUUACAGCAGAAAGAAAGAAUCUAUUGGUACCAAUCUACACACGGUAAAAUCUCACUGUCUAACAUCUAUCUCUCUAUCAAUCUAGAAAAGUUGUGGUUCCAAUUCAAUUAUAAGCCAAGCUGGCUUUGGAGAUGGAAUUGGCUCACUCCUUCUCUAAACCCAAGCACAUUGCUAAAAGAAAAGUUUGAGAGAUUCUUCAGUUCCAUAUCAGAAGAGCCCUCUGGUGUGGGACAGAAGAAAACCAAUAAAAGGGACCAUUGUCUUCUAGAUUCUAAUUCUCUGCAUGCUUACUCUUGAUUUCUCAGAAUCCUUUCUUACAUGCUAUGUCCUCUUUAAAUCCAAAUCUUCCAUUUUGAUAACAAAUAAGUUUUUCUAAUAGCAAUCUCAGAAGUCUCCAGAAGGAAGAUGGGGCCCCAACAACAACUCUACCCAAUCCAGAAUGAUGCCAUGGUAAUCAUCAUCAUACUACACUUCUUACCGGAAUUUCAGACAAUCUUACCCAUUACUCUAAGACUUACUGCAGAACCUACAGUUAGUCUAACUGAGAUUUAACUAUCUGAGCUUUCUCACAGUACCCAACAUAGAUAACAUCACCCCCUAAACAGCAGGAAGCAAUUCUAAGAAAACGACGCCCCUUCUCCCUUAGGUUUCAUAAUUCUCAGGGUUAUGGAUGAUGGUUAUAGGGUUGGGGGUGGAAGGAAAUAUUAAACUCAGUAUUCCAAAAAAAAAAAAAAAAAGAAAAGAAGAAAUGGAAUGGAUAGGUAUAAGAUAUUAUGGUAGAUUAUUAUGUAUACUAGUAAACAAAUUUAGUAAAAUAGUAGCCUUAAAUAAUUUGCACUGUAAUUUGCACUGUUAUGGGUUCUUAUAUGUUGAUACAAAUGUAAACUAUUUUUAUAUUCCUGUUUAAGAUAAUUUGUAUAUUGAUACAAAUACGGAACUAUAUUUGUUAUAAUGUACAUAUAUUUCUACUCUUAUUUGAAAUACUUGUAUAUUGAUACAAAUGUAAAUUUAUAUCUGUCAUACUUUAUGUAGGUUCUACUUCUGUUUAGGAUAUUCGGUAUAUUGAUAUAUAUUUAAGAUUAUUGUCAUAUUGCAUAUCGCACUAUAUACUCCUACCUCUGUUAUAACAUCUUGUGUAUUGUCACAAUUUUGAAGUCAUCGUUCUUUACCAUACACUUGCUUAUAGACUGUUUACCUUGUUUACGUGAAGCCUUAGUCCUUAGGUUAUUUCGGUAGAUAAGACUUAUAGAUUUAUAGUCACCUAUGCUUGUCAUCUCUAUAGUUACGUUAGUUAGGUUAUCCAGAUUUACAGAUACAUAGGUCAGAUGGACAGGUAAUCUUCAAACACUUCAUAGACCUAGAGAAUAUGGCAUUUAAAUAACUUAGAAUUCUGUUGAUGUGAGACAUAAUUGCUCCUGGCUGCACCAAUUUGAUCCCGAGAGAAUGUUGGGCUUCUAAGACAUUUCCAUUUGGAAGUUUGUCUUCUUGGCACAAAAUGGCCUACUGGGCAAAGAACUGCCCUUGCCUCGACGGCUGACAGUACUAAUGCAAUGCUAUCCUUUCUGGACAAGUGGGACACAAGGAAAGCGACCACUGUACUCUGCCAAGACAGGGUAAGAUGGUCUUUCAGAAUUCCUGCUUCUGAAAAUGGUCUGUCAGAUACUUUAGGCCUGUAGCCAAUUUGAAUGCACCAACAAUGCUGAGAAACAUUAGGUGACUGUCCAGGCUGCCAGCUGUCUCCGUCUACUCUCGCAAGAUUCCCGAAAGUUGCUUGCAUCCAUCUACCAUUUCUCAGGUACCAUUAUAUUCCUUCUCAGGUCUUUGAUGGGAUUGAAGACUAGCAGUUAUAGUUACAACUUAGUAGAUAGAACAUAUUAAGUAUUAGAUUCAGGUUCUUUAGGAUAGGACACCUUUUGAAAUGAUCUUUGUAACAUGCCAUUUACCUAUGCUCUAUACUUCUCUGGACUUUAGUAUGUGUUUCUUGCUUGAUAUUGUUUGCAUUGGUUUUACUUCCAUCUUAUCUAGGUCAUUAUCCCUCAUUAUUCCUGGACAAUAUUUGAUAACCAUUCCUUUGUAUAUAGUCUUGUAUUAGGUUAGAACUUUCUUAUUUAGACAAAAAGGGGGAGAUGUAGUGGGUAGCCAUUCCAGCUUUGAUCUGGAAGUUCCAAUCCCCAUUGAGACUUCGGCAACUGUCACACCUACAAGGUGGGGCCAAGGGAGGCGCCUGGGGAUCUGAGAGCUGGAUCGGCGGGCGCUCUCUCUGUUGCGGGACCCUGGACUGGAGAGGUGGACCGAGCAGAGCUCCAGAGAACACCGCUGGACUGUGAUACACCUUCCCCAGACUCCGCGACCUACCUAUUCCUUAAUUUG